GGACGAGGCGGAGGCCGCGGAGGCUUCAACAAGGGCCAGGACCAAGGACCGCCGGAGCACGUAGUCUUAUUAGGAGAGUUCCUGCAUCCCUGUGAAGACGACAUAGUUUGUAAAUGUACCACAGAUGAAAAUAAGGUGCCUUAUUUCAAUGCUCCAGUUUACUUAGAAAACAAAGAGCAGAUUGGAAAAGUGGAUGAAAUAUUUGGACAACUUAGAGAUUUUUAUUUUUCAGUUAAAUUGUCAGAAAACAUGAAGGCAUCUUCCUUUAAGAAACUACAGAAGUUUUACAUAGACCCUUACAAGCUGCUCCCACUGCAGAGGUUUCUACCUCGGCCUCCGGGUGAGAAAGGACCUCCAAGAGGUGGUGGCCGGGGAGGCCGAGGAGGAGGCCGAGGAGCGGGCCGAGGCGGAGGAGGCAGAGGUGGCGGGAGAGGAGGUAAGUUACAGAGACUGGGAGGUUCCAGAGCCCUGGCUGACUCGGGGAGUGCAGUUUGCUUUUGUGUGGAGAAAAGUUUUAUAUUUAUUUUUUUAGUAAUCAUGCUUUAUUCCAUUAACCUGAAAAGAGGCUAACAAAGUCUGUUUGACUUUGAGGGAUUUCAGCUCUUGAGUUACGUUGAUUAGUCUUAAACAGCACAGCCCUUCAUUGCCUAAUGAAUGAUAGAUCUUUCUAAGCAGUGCCUCAUCAGGCCAUCGAGUUUUGUGGCUAGAGUGUGCUAACUCGAAGUAGAAAGCGCACUCAAAUGCAGUGAGGAUUAAGUGCAGAACCGGUAACUAGUUGACAGUUCCAUUGUCGAGUACCAUGAGCUGUACAGAAUCGUGUGGUACACUUCUGGCUGGCGCUGCAGCAGGUGUGUCCACACCAGCAUCAAGGCACAUGCGUGAGUGACACAGUGCUCUGCAGAGUCGUUAGGCGGUGAAGGUCCCAGAUAGCACACUUUGUGAGGUCGCUGUCUUAGACAAGGCCCUGCAUUGACCGCAACGUUGUGCACUCCGUGACUAUCUGAGGUCAUCCUGACUGAAGUUUAGUUUCUCCCUUAGUUGUCAUUGAGUAUGGAUCAUAUGCUAAGAGCUGGCCUUACAGUCUCUUAGUAUCCUUUUUGUUUUUUAGUACCAGCAAGGCUUUUCAAGUUAGGUGAGAUCCUUAUUUUAGGGGUAAGGGAUUGCAGUUGCACAGAAGUUGAUUUACCAUAAUGGACAUAAUCAGACAAUCCUGGGGUAGCCCAGAGCGAAAACCCAUGUAAUCUGAUGUGUGCCAGGAACUAUUAGCAAUACGACAGUUCCUCCUCCUCCUACACCUACGAGACCAGACCAAAACGGAAAAUGCUUUCGGUCAGAAUCAGAAUCAGUCAGAAUCAGGGCCCUGAGCUUCCAGUGUCACAGCUGACCUGCAUGGUCCGCUGUAGAGGAGCCGUGAAAAUGCCGAGGCCCGUCAGCGCGUGAGCUCAGCUGUGGUCCUGUGCAGCUCAGGAAGACUUACGCACGACAGGCACUCACAUCUGCCACCCCUGGGUCUUGGGAUUAAAAAGCUUCGGUCCAAUCAGAACUACCCUUGGUUCACUUAAAAGUGUUUACCUUAGAAGCCAGGGUAACCGGAUAUCUGAGAACAGGGCUGCAUCAGACUUGACAGUAAGCACUCCUGUUGGUCAAAAGGGAAUACUCUUAAAGGCUGUUCACUGCCGAGUUGGAAACUGCUACAGUUGCUCCGUUUUUAUCCUUUAAAGUCUCUGUACGAUAAUAUAAAUUAAUCUGUAUUCUUUCCAGGAAUAGUAUUAUCUGUAGGCUUAUCGGGGCGUGAGAGGCUGCAGUUACUUAAUAAAUACUUACUUUUUAGGUGGAUUUAGAGGUGGAAGAGGAGGUGGAGGCUUCAGAGGAGGAAGAGGAGGUGGAUUUCGAGGGAGAGGACAUUAGCUAGGACAAACCUCUCCAGCUGAUUGUGCUUGACCUGCACGGUCUGCUUCCGCGGUGUGCACCGCGCCUCCGUGAUGUGGCCGCCCAGCGACAGCGACCGGAAGCGUCAGCGCCAUGCAAGUGGGACCCCCAGGAAGUCGCCUCCGCCCGGAAAGGGCUUGAGCAAGGCUGAUGCUCUGUACCGUGCCUGACACCCUGUGGGUGCUUGAUACACGGGCAGGAGCUGUCACUGGAAUCAUGUUUCAGUUUUUAAAAUAAAUUGCUUUAUUCCUUUAAGCUAUUCAGAGUGUAUUUAUUGAACCAAAGCUAUUUUUGAAAUUGGGAGGAGCAGCCAACAUUUAAC